AAAAAAACAACCAAUUUCAACGCACUGAAGCACAGGAUGACCGAUUUGUGAGCCUUUCCGCAUAAAGUUAACAAAAAAGUGACGCUAGAAUGGGUAAUUAAGCCCUCACAGAAGAAAAACCAACAACAAGUUCCUACGUGUCGUAAGCGUUUUCGAUUGACGGGCAUAGUGUGGGUCGACACGGUAUGGAUCGCAUGUGAAAAGCACGGCCUUCGGACAAAACACUCCCCACACACACGCGAACCGGCAUUCGGUGCUAGCAUUGUGUGUGCCCACUGUCGAGGAAUUGCAAAACGUUGAUCACCACACGGGAAAAUCUUCGCGCAAGGAAACAGCAACGAACACGCCGAGCAAUGGGUGAUACGGGCUGUGUACACUUUGCGGCAUACGUGAAGGAGUACGGGUACGAUUCGUACAGUGUGGUGCACGCGUACUUUAGUGCCUGCAUCAACAAGGAAGCGAGGCGUCGGAAAGCUCUGUCCUGUCUGUGCUACAAGUGUGGAAGCUCUGGGCCGCAGCUAUACUCCUGCCUGCACUGCAUCUACUUCGCCUGCAAGGGAGCGCACAUAAACGAACACUACAAGCACACGAAACACUUUAUGGCGCUGGAGCUGUGUUACGGCAUGCUGUACUGCUACCAGUGUCGGGAUUUUAUCUACCACAGCAAAUGUCAGGCAAUUGCCGAACGGCACCUACGGUGCGAGGCUCGCAGUCUCGACAAAAGUCUUUCCUGGCGACCCUGGAGCCCCUCCCGGCUGGAGAUCGAUCUGCUGCUGAAGAACCCGAAACGCAGGCACGUAACCGCUCUGACCAGCAUCGGCCUUCGGGGGUUGCUAAAUCUAGGCUCAACCUGUUUCAUGAACUGCAUCGUGCAGGCUCUCAUCCACACACCGCUUUUGCGGGAUUACUUCCUGGCCGAGCUGCACGAGUGCACCACGAAAACGGCCGCCAAGUGUCUCGUGUGUGAAGUGUCGCGAUUGUUUCAGGAGUUUUAUUCCGGUGCACGGGGUCCACUGUCGUUGCACCGGUUGCUGCACCUGAUCUGGAACCAUGCCCGGCAUUUGGCCGGAUACGAGCAGCAAGAUGCGCACGAGUUCUUCAUCGCUACGCUCGACGUGUUGCAUAGGCACUGUAAAAUAUCAAUGACGGAAGUGGCUGCUAAUGCGGCGGCGGCGGCGGCUGCUGCUGCAGCGGCGGCCGCGGCCGCAGCAGCAGCAGCUGCAAGUGAAAAAUCGAAAUCCUCCCAGCCAAAUGCCCAUCAGCAGUCGCAUAAUCAGCACACGGGGACAAACUACCAUGGGCAGCAAGGUGCUUCCCAGCAGGAAGGCUCGCAACAACUGCCCCAGUCCGGCCCAAACGCUCCACCACUAGCGGCGGCGGCUUCCCUUACCACGGCCGGCACAACCACUGCUACCGGCGGAACCAACAGCGGCCAAAGCCAACCACCCGACCCUAACCCUAGCCAGUGUAAUUGUAUUAUCGAUCAGAUUUUUACCGGCGGCCUGCAGAGCGACGUGGUUUGCCAAGCGUGCAAAGGCGUCUCCACCACGAUCGAUCCCUUCUGGGACAUUUCGCUCGAUCUGGGCGAAUCGUCGAACGGGCAGGGCGGAUACGGUGGACCACCGAAAUCGCUCAUCGACUGUCUGGAGCGGUUUACCCGGGCGGAGCAUCUUGGGUCGAGUGCCAAGAUCAAGUGCAACACGUGCAACAGCUACCAGGAGUCGACGAAACAGCUGUCCAUGCGCACACUACCGAUUGUGGCAAGCUUCCACCUCAAGCGCUUCGAACACUCUAGUCUGAUCGAUAAGAAAAUUUCCACCUUCAUCUCAUUCCCGGCGGAACUAGACAUGACACCGUUUAUGUCGCAGAAAAAGUCUGACCAGCAGCAAUCACAUCAAACACCGUCCUCACCGAACUUUGCCGGCGGUGGAGCGAACGGUUCUUCCGGCUCCUCCCUGCCGGGCGUCGUGUCCACAUGCCUACCGAACGAUGAUGCGAGCAGCGAUACGGUUUCCGAUUUCCGCUACUCACUGUACGCCGUCAUUAACCACGUCGGCACGCUCGAUGCGGGCCACUACACCGCGUACGUACGGCACCAGAAGGACAUUUGGGUCAAGUGCGAUGACCACAUCAUAACCACUGCCACACUCAAGCAGGUCUUGGACAGCGAAGGGUAUUUGCUGUUCUACCACAAGAAAAUACUGGAGUACGAGUAAAGCGCGGGGCUAACAAACGAAAAAAAAACUCAACGGGUGGAACAGAUUACCGACCGUAGUGACUGACGUGUAGAGGAACACAUUAAAGACUGGUUAAAGAAAGAAAAAAACAAAACAAAAGGGCAACCGCGUAACGGCAAAUAUAAUAGGGAUAUACUACGAGGACGAGAUCGCGCGUAGCGUCACAGCAGGAAAAAAAGGGAGGGGAAUGUUUCUUAUGACAUUUUUUUUAAAUCCCUCAUUGAGCCUUUUUUUUUAACCCCAAGCACGGGAAUGGGCGAAACCGCACCGAACAAAAAAAUGUAUAAAUUCGAUUUUUAAUUUUAAAAAGCGUAUCGUUCGCUCGUAGGACAAUACGGCUGGGUACACACAAUAGGACGCUAGGGAUGGUAAAGUUUCUGUUGUACGUUUAGUAAUAUAUUUAUUCAAAGUGGUCCCCGUCCUCCCAUUUUAGAGCGUUGCCGUAGAGGAGAGUUCAUUUUUUUUUAGUUUUUGUAUUUAUUUGGCGAUCUGACGAGUGUGACAAUUAUUUGCAUCCCCGGGGGAGUUGGUCGAGAAAACGGGACGAGAGGUGCAUGCAAUGCGGAGGAUGAGAGGGGUGAAAACUAGGAUGCUUAAUUGAAAAUAUAACACGAAAAUUAAUAACCAUAGUA